AAAAUUGCUGAUCUUGAGAAGCAAGUACAGCUUCUCGCAUCCGCGUUUAGUGGAUCUGGAUCUCAACCUGGAGAUAGGCGACGAUCGACGCAAAACCCAAGGCCUUCAAACCCCCAGGCUCUUCAAAACGAUAUUGCUUCAAAUUCCCGAGAGAGCAAUUCAGGUUCCACUGGUACUUUAAAUAAUGCUACUGGAUCAGUCAAUCUCAACUCCUGGCUUAGCCCCCAACCCCACAUUACCGCGAACGGACCGAGCUUCACCCCGGAUUCUCAAAGCUUUCUCAACAGCCCGGAAGAAACCUCAUCUACUUAUAGUAGUCCUAGGCCACCCGCCGUAUCAUCCAGAUCGAUCAAGACGGUCCAGUUGAAUGCUGCACAGAUUGAUAAUCUGUUCCAGAUCUUCUUCGAACAUUACCAUCCAUCGCUCCCUUUCCUAGACCCAUCAAAGUCUCCAGAUGAAUAUUACAGCUCUGGAGAGCAUCUAUUUUGGGCCAUAGUUGGACUUGCCUCUCGUCGCUACGAUGAAGACUUCAUGCUGUUUGCCGUGCUGUCCGAAUGGGUGCCAAAGCUUGUCUGGUCCGCGAUCUCCACGCCACCAUAUAGCCUAUCCACAGUUCAAUCUAUUAUUCUCAUAUCAGCGUGGCCUUUCCCAGUAGAUUCUACAUACAAAGCCGCGUUGGUUACCUUGAGCUCUAUUGCAAUCAGCACUGCCAUGCAGCUUGGGCUUCAUCGACCCAUGAACGCAACAGACUUCUUACAAACAAAAGCCACCAUCAGUGAAAGGGAUUGUAAAAUGAGAACAGCGACUUGGGCGGCCGCCAACAUCUUGUCACAAAGUCUAACUUCUACAUGGGGCCUCUUACCCAUAACCCCAUUCGACAAAACGAUCGAUUUUGCAUGCCAGACUGGUAAUAUAUACACAGUACCAGACGAUCUCCGCUGCAAAUUAAUACUCCAGCGAUACUGCAAUCGAGUCACCCAAGUAAUUUACGGUGAUCUUCGCGAGCCCCAAGGUGAUAGCAACGCGGGUGAUCGACCUAGUUUCGCAUUAACAUGGGAAAGUAACCUCAACGCCCUGAACUACGAGCUCGACGAGAUAGAACAACAACAUUCCCAUAUGUUCUCAAUGUACGACCGUAUAUACGUCUCCGCUGCGCGUCUCUACAUGCACUCCAUGUAUUUCUUCGACUCCUCCCCCACACCAACACGCAAAACCGGCAUCCUCCGCGCCUACGCCUCCGCCUUCUCCUUCACCACUCUCAUAACCUCACUCGACAGCACCCACAAGCUCUUCUCCUACAUGUGCGCGUACCACAUCCGCAUGUUCCUCGUCGCGACUUGCAUCCUUCUAAAAGUGCUAAGGUCGAGUUAUAGACAUGAUAUCGAUUUCGAGGCAGGGAAGAAGCUGUGUAACGAUGCGACGGUGGCCGCGAGUAAGGUUGCGGUGGGCAGUGGGGACUCGACGGGCAAGCUGGCGAAGAUGGUCGCGCAGGUUUGGCAUAGUGGGGAUACGGACGUGCUGGAGGAGCCGCCGGAGUUGUUGGUUAAGUCGAGGUUGGGUGCUAGUAUUAUUUAUGAUUUUAUCUGGAUGUGGCGACAGGAGUUUGGGGGUGUGCCGGAAGCGUAUCCUUCCUCGAGAUCCAAACCUAGCAGCCCACCACCUGAAACCAUGAUGUUCCAGCCUCUUGACGUCUUCCAAGAUGCGUCUUUCGUGGAUUUAGAUUUUCUCAAUGAUCCCAACUGGAUGGAGGGUCUCGAAGAGCCUACGACGUGA